AUGGCACCAUUGAAAGUCGGGUUCGUCGGUACAGGUAUCUUUGCCAGUGAUUUCCAUUUACCAGCUCUACAAGCAAUUCCUGAACAUUUCACCCCAUAUUCAGCAACAAAUAGAACCAAAUCCAAAGCUGAAAAGUUUGCAGAAAAAGCCAAGAUUGAUGGAUCAAAAGUUUAUGAUACAAUUGAAGAACUAGUUAAAGAUGAUCAAGUUGAUUUUAUUGAUGCUUUAGUUCCUGUUCAACAUAAUUAUCAAGUUAUUAAAACAGCGGUUGAUGCUGGUAAACCAAUCAUUAUUGAAAAACCAUUAGCUGCUUCAUUGGAAGAUGCUAAAAAAAUUGUUGAACUGGAUAAGUCAACUAAAGUACCAAUUUUGAUUGCUGAACAAUGGGUUUAUUUCAAAGCUAUCGAACUUAUUAAAGAAAGAUUAACCAAGAUUGGUGAUGUUGUUUCAUUUACCCAUAAAGCUAUCCAACAAUGGAAUCCAAAUAGUCCAUUCUUACAAACUAAAUGGAGACAAAAUCCUGAACAUAUUGGUGGGUUUUUAUCAGAUGGUGGUGUUCAUCAAAUUGCACUAUUAACUGAGGUUUUAGGUAAUAUAGAAUCAGUUUCAGCAAAUACAAGACAACUUCGUGAUAUUUCAGGUGAUGAUGAUAUUUUAUUUUCAAGUGUAAAAUUAGCAAGUGGUGCAAUUGGUACUUAUACUUACUCUACUGUGUUUGCCAACAAUAAACCUGAAAGUUCAUUGAUUAUUUAUGGUACAAAUGGUUCAAUUUAUUUAGAUUAUACAGAUAAAGAUCAUAUCACAAUUGAUACUUAUGUUGGUGAAACUACAUCAACAAACCCACAACAUAUUGAAUUCAAAGAAGAUUUGUUUUCUGAAGGUAUCCAAUACGAAUUUGAAAACUUAUAUGAAGCAAUUACCUCGAAUGACAAAUCUAUCUUGAAAGCAACACCUGCGAAAUCAUUCCAUCAUUAUGCUUUCUUUGUUGCUGCUAUUGAAAGUUCUAAGGAUGGUGGUGGUGCAGUUAAAGUUGCUCAAUUGUGA